AUGACCGACACAGAUUGGAGAGAGGUUCUCAGCUAUUCACAGAAGGAUUUAAAACAAGCGGAUAAGGACAAACUGUGCGAAAGUCUGUCAUGGAUGGAAGCCGACGAUAUAGAGCUGAAUUUCACUGAUCUGAAGACACUGUUUAGACUUGCUCAGGACAUACUUAAGUAUAAAAGUGAACAGGUGAACAAUUUGUUAGGGCAGCUUGAAUAUUCUCAAAGAAAAUCUAAAUCAAAGUCGAAGAACAUGCCAGUGGACUCACCAGCAAAAAGCUCGGACAGUGUAUUAGAAACCAUAGCACAUCAAGAAGAAGUAAUAAAAGCAAACAAAGAGAUAUUGGAGCAGUUGUAUGCCGAUAUCGCUGAACUAGAAAGCCGUAAAAACAAGAUGGAAGACGAAAGUGAAUUCGUCGAUAAAGAUAGUGAAUCAAGUCGUGAUGCUCUCUCUGAGAUAAAUGCACUGGCGCAAUUAGAAAACGAAAUUACUGUGAAAAACAAACAUAUUAGGAAACUGCUCGCCGAUGUAAAACUUUCAGAAGAAGAGAACACAAAGCUUAAAGAGAAAGUAUCAGUUCUUAAGGACAAGUUAACAGAAGCUACGAAAUUGAUCGAAAAUUUUACGGAUCAAUUGCUUUGCUUGAAUAAUGAAAACUGUAGUCUUAAAGAACUCUUAGGAAAAUCUGAACAAUCAAAGGCAGAAUUAUCUGUGCAAGUGGAAUCGCUAAGGAAACAGCUGUUUGAAAAAGAAAGUAGCAGAGAAAAUAUUUAUGAGGAAAUAAAAUCGAAAGUACAACACUGGAAGAAUAUAGCACGCGCUAAAAAGGCAGAAAUAGAAAAAUUAGCCGACGAAAAUACAAGAUUAAAGGAAAAUCUAAUAAAAGUAUCACAAUCACACCACCCACCCUCACCAUCUAAGAAACAUAUUGAUGAAUCAAAGCUCAAAGAGCUCCAAAAUAAAUUAUCAGAAGCAUCAAUUGAGAUAACUCAGUCAGCUAAAAUCAUUGAGUUACUCAAAUCAGAAAAUCAACAUUUAAAAUCGACUAUAGAUGAAAUUCCGGAAUCGGUGUCUGAAGUAAAUAAAAAUGAAAGUGACGAUGGAAAAGAAAGAGCAAUAAUAGCUAAACUUAAGAAGAAAAACAAAGUAAUGACACUUUCGUUACAAGAAGCGGAGGAAAUGCUAAGUGCUAGAGAAAAAGAGUUAUUAGAAAUUACUUCUCAACUACAACUAGUCCAAUCUGAAGAUGGCAUUCGUGCUCUUUUGGAAGGAAUCAAAAAUAAGAAACGUAUUUUAAAAUUUAGAGAUGAAGGUAUUAAAUCUUUAGUUCAAGAGGUAAAUUCACUCAAUGAAUUAAUAGAUCAACUACAAUUAGAAAACGAAAGUUUGAGAGAAAAACUUGAUAUCCCGAUUGAUGAAAAAGUGCCAACAAAAGGUAUUCUGAAAAAAUAUCAUAACAUGAACAAAAAGUUAAUAGAUCUUAAUAUCGAAAUUAAUAAACUGGAAGACAAACUAGUAUCUGCCGAGAUAGAUAACCGUAACCUUAAACACAAAAAUGAAAAACUUGUAAAGAUACUUAAUAAUUCAGGCUUUAAUAAAGAUAAAAUCAAAGAAGUUCUUGAGACCUCCGAUAGUGAUUAUGAAAUAAGCGGUAUGAAAAAUAGUGCUGAUCGUAAUGUUGAACCACAACAAGAAGUUGAUACAAAUAAACAAAUGAAAGAUAUCGUUGAAGAAAAUGAAGGUUUAAGAAAGGCACUUCAGGAUAUUUUGAAUUUCUUGAAGGAUAACAGUAAAACAUCAUCAGGUGUACUGACACUACAAUGUCCAAGCUUAGAAGCAAUACUCCUGGCUAUGGAAGCACGGCACACAGCUGGUUGGUUUGCGCCUCACAUGUCUACAGUCUUGGAGUUAAGGGCUGCUUUAGGUGGCAAAGAUGCGUUACUCUCUGCACUACAUCAAGCCAGGAAAGAAACAUUUGAUGUUAUGACUCAACUUGAAAAAGAGUCUCAAAAAUGUCGAAAUUUACAGCAAAAAAUAGAUGAAAUAAAUUCUAUAGAUAAACCGUUAGUUGAUAACAAAAAGGAACUUCUCGAAAAACCUUUAAACAUCUCUGAAUUUGGAUCGUGGAUGGCAGGAACUGAAAUAAAUACAACAAAUAUACUAGAUAGAAAUGAAAUCGAGUCUUUGCUAACAUUAAAUAAUUCUCUACAUGAAAAUAAUUUAAGAAAUAGUUUAGCAUAUUUUCAUGAAAGAUUUAAAAUAUUAUUUGACAAAAUGAGUGCAACGACGAUACAAGCAACAGACGAUUUUAAUAAAUGGUCAAUUCGAGAAGAACAAUAUAAAGCUGAAAUAGAGAAUUUAAAAGCUCAGCUCUGUCAAAAAGAAGAUGAUGAAGAUAUUAGUGACAACUCACCAGGUAUAAUACAAAUACCAAACACAACCAUAUUACAAAGAAAGUGUACUUUUUUGGAGGAGUCCUAUUCAUUAGUAAGGACAUUAAACGAGAAUAUUAAAAAUGAAAUAUUACAGAAUAAAAAGGACACGAUGAUACAGGCAUUCGAGUUUGAGACUAAAAUUCAAAAACUAAUACUUACUAUAGUUAAUCUCACAGAUCAACUUCGAGUUUCUGUUCCGAUUGACUUAUUUUGGAGUCAGAAUAAAGCUAUGAAUGAGGCUAUAACAAAAUACAGAAAAAUUGUGAACAACGCAGUGAAAAGUGAAGAACGUUCUGAAAAUUUAGACAGGUUGUUAGAAAAUGAAAGAAUCAAUAUUUUGAAUAUACUUCGACAAGAUUUUAUUCAUUAUUCGCAAAACGAAAAGAAAGAUACUGAUGAUUCUAAACUUACAAUGUCAUAUUUAGAAGACUCUGUAUUAAAAAAGCAAAUACAACAGGUUUGUGACGAAAUUGAAAAUAAAAACAAGCGAAUUGAAUAUUUAGAAUCUGAGAAUGAAAAAUUACAAGAGAUGCAAAAUGAAGUUAUUGACAAUACAUUACCUGCAAUCACAAAAGAAGAAGUGGAGCUUAUGAAAGGAAACCUCCAAAAGUUGGAGUGUGAUAACAAAUUAUUAAAAGAACAGUUUCAAAAUGUUAGAGGUCAAUUAGAUAUUGCAAGUUUACAGUUAGAGGAUAAUCAACAAAGAAAGCUAAAUAAUGAUAUAGAAAUAAAUAUGUUGAAGCACCAAAUUGUGGAUUUGCAAUCAAAAAGUGAUAAUAAAGCCGUACUGGCAAAACUGAGUGGCGAAGUUUUGGUGGCACAUCUACAAGCUGCUGAAAGUUUCAAAAAAAUAGAGCGGCUUAAUGUGACAUUAAAUAAUGAAAGGCAGUUGAGAGUUGAAACUGAAGAGAUGAUCAAUGCCAGACAAAAGGUUUUUGAAAUGUACAUUCGAAGAUAUGAAGCUAAAUUUAGGUAUAUGUACAACGUUAUGCAUAUUCUCAGACAGCAAUACCAAGGAAGUAUUCCAAUAGCUUCCAUCGAAAACUAUUUAAACAAAAUUGAAGAUCACUAUCGAAAAACACAAGCAGUUAAUGAGAAACUAGUAGAAAUAGAAGAUUUACAAGCAAGUCUUAUAACCAAACACACCUUAUUUGAGCAGAUAUUGGAUUUAUCUAAAAAUAAAUGCUUGGAAGAUGAAGACGGUUGUCCACAUAAAAUAAAAAAUGUAGUAAUGGAAAGAACGCAUGCAAGAGAUAUAGAUCACUUGAAUAAGAAAAUAAAAAUUUUAGAGCAAUCUCGCGGAGAAUUGAUCAAGCAGUGCAAUAGUCUUGAAAAAACACUUGUUCUUUUAAACCAGGGUUUUGAAAAACAAGGUCCACAGAGCAAUAAUUCGAAGGAAAAUAAUAACACAAACAUGAAAAUUGAACAUUUUUCGGAUGAUGAUUCAAGUGAAGACGGAAACCUAACAAUUUCUUUGCCAGAGCCUCAAAUUUUAAAACCACCUAAAGAUAUGGUAGAUAUGACAUCUAUUCGUAAAGAGGAUGUUACUUAUACUAUAGAAGAUAACAAAAAUAAACAAAUCAGUCAAAUGAAAUCUGAGUGCAGAAAUUUUGCGUCACAAACCGAAGUAGUUGAAAUAUCAAAAAAAAGCAAGAGUAUGCAAACAAACGAAGAUAAAAUAUUUGUUGAACUUACACAACAAAUCAAUGAUCUCAAAAAGGAUAAUGAAAUGAAAAGCAAAGAAUUAUUAGAAGCGAUAACAAUUGCGAAGCAAAGAACAGAAGAGCACAUAAAAAUAAAAACAGAAAAUGCUAAAAUGGAAAAUGUGAUACACAGCUUUAAGGAUAUAAUUGAACAAAAGGAUAGCGAAUAUAGUGUUUUAUGUAUCACUAUAGAUAAUUUAAAAGCCCAACUGGAAGAAAGCAGACGUUUGAAUGUUGCUAAUAGAAAUAAGUCAAAAGAGAAAACAGUGGAGGACAACAAAUCUAUGCUGCAACUCCUUCAACAAUUAGAACAUGAUAAAACUGCCAUCGUUACUGAAUACAAAAAUAUUUUACAAAAUGAACGAGACGAUUAUUCUAAAUCUUUACAAAAAUUGAAUAAUACAAUAUUAGAAUUGAGGUCUGAAUUAGACAGGAAAACAAGCGACAUUGACACUCCAAGUGGAGAAGGACAUAAGGAGAUUAUAACAAAAUAUACAAUAAAAAUAACAGAGUUAGAAGACAAGUGUUUCAAAUUACAAAACGAAAUGGAGAGUCGUAAAAGUGAAUUAAGGACUUAUCAAAAUGAGUUGGAUCGUUGGAAAGAUUUAGCUUCUGAGAGACUUAUCAAAAUGGAACAACUUAAUUAUCAAUUACAACAACGACAUUGUCAAGAGGUGGAAUCAUACAAAGCAGAAAACCACCAUUGGGUUAACCAAUUAAACGAAACGCAGCGUGAACAUAUGGAGUUGCGUACGCGCCUGUCGGAACAGAAAGCGAUUCACAUCAAACAAUUGGCAGAGAAAGAUGCACAAAUUGAACAUUUGCGCAAUGUUGUGCAAAAUUUAAAGGUUCAAAUGAUGAAUAUGCAGACAAUGCUCUCAGUCAACGAUCCCAGUUUCGAUCUGUCUGCGAUUGUUGAAGUAGAGGAGCCAAGUGAUGCUCUGUCACAGCAUGGCUCCGACAGAUUGGAAAUUAAGUAUGAGUCCACUAUCGAUCUGGGAGACAUGCAAGACGAUAUUGCUAGACUACCAGCAUCAUCAACGGCUAUUUGGCAAGAACCUCUAAUAGACAGACUUCGUCGUGAGAAGCAAAUGGCCAGCAAACAGAAUGUGCUACUUCGGAGGCAGAUAAAAGCACUCGCUGCCAGGGAAAGGAGAGCACGACUUGAUGCCCAGAAUCUGAAGAGCCAAUUGCUUAGAAUAAGCACUUCAGGCGGCAAGCCGGUGUCUUCGGAGACUGCAGCGCUGCACAACAAGAUAGCCGCCCUGCAGUCUCAGCUGACCAGCGCGCGGAGGGACUCGCAGUCGUCAGUCGCCAUUUGGGAUAAAUGGAAGAGGGCACAACAAUCAGCAGAGCGGUGGCAAGCUCGUUAUGAGGAGAAAUUCCAGGAGGUCAAGAAACUCGAAUCCAGUCUCAACCUCGCCAAGUCAGCGCUGGCUAGAUUGGAAAAAGAGAAGCGUGUUCUACUGACCAGACUGACGGAAGUCAAGAACGAGAGCCUUCUGGCCGUAGAGAAGCAAGAGAGCGAAGCAUUAGAGAAGUCGCUUCGCCCCACACACGAGUGUGAUUGUUCCAGUCAGUCCCCAGUUUCAUCACGGUCGCUUCUCGAAAGAGUUGAAGCGCAACAGAGGCGUAUCAUAGCAUUAGAGAUCGCUGAAAAGGGAAAUGAACAUUUAGUAUCGGAAUAUGAAAAGGCUUUGGCUGAAAUCACGUCUUUGAAAGGUCAGGUGUUGAAACUGGAAUCCACGUUACUUGAGUCUCAAAUUCGAUCGCCGCUAAAGUCUACGCAAGAUACACAACCUGAAUUGGACUACUGGAAGAGUUACUGCGAAAUGCUGAAAGAGGAGAACAUACAACUGAACAUGCGAGUAUCUGCGGCUGAGAGCGUGCCGGCCACCGCGCAUCAACAUCGAGUGCAAGACUUAGAACAAACCGUGCUCACACUUAGAGGUUUAGUGAGCAAGUUGCAAGCGGAACAAAAGUCUACAACAUCGGGUGUGAAAAGAGUAGAUUCUAGACCGAGCAGUGGUAGAAGUUCUGCCGACAAAGUUCGUUCUCAGUCGGAGUCGCAUCGCAUCGAAAUAGCUAAUCUAAAACGCAGUAUCAUGGAUAAGGACUUGUUGCUCGAAAAAUCUAAGGAAAUGCUCAAGAUAGCGGCGGAGAGAGAAGACGAACUUCUCAGAGAGAAUGCAUACCUUCGACGUCAGCUCAACGAAAUAUCUAAACAUAAGCCAGGAUUUUUAUCUGCAUAAAUAUAAAAAAAAAAUUGUGUAUUGAAAGUAAAAGUUACUAAAAACUACUUACUUAAUAGUUUAAAUAAUUAUAAGAAAUUAAUUAAUCUUGAGA